UUUUGGUGUUAAAUCAUGGUGGCUUAAAAUUUUCUCAGCUGACGUAUCUGUUGAAAGUCAAAAUGAACGAAGAAGAAGAGAAAGUGGUAAUAAAAUAUGUCACCAAGAUUCAGAAAAAGAUAACUGACCCACAAGCACCUCAGAAAAAGAUAAUUAAAUAUCUUGGUAAUCUUCAAAGUUUGCCAGUAACUAUCAGCAUACUGAAGUCAACAAACAUUGCAAAGACUUUGAAAACUUUCAAAAAGCAUGAAGGAAUUCUUGGAAAUGCUGCAAAUGAUCUUUUGAAGUUGUGGAAAAGUAAAUUUAUCACAGAUAAAGAUAAUAAAAUGAAACUUGAACAUAAAGUAAAGGAGGCUCCAGAGAAAAAAUUGGAAAAAGAAAGCAAUUUAGGAGGACAUAGCAAGCAAAAUAGGAAUGAUUUUUCUAAGAACUCAAUAGGUAAAUCAAAAGAUCCAUGGAGAGAUGUAUCAUUAGAUUUCUUAGGAAAUGAAGUUUCCAACAAGAAGAAAAAGAGUAAAUUAAAGGCUAAAGAUGAAAAUUCUAGUAAAAAUCAUGUGGAAAAAUAUGCAGAUAAAGUAUUUCCAAGACCAAAAGAGAAAAAGCAUGUGAUUGAAGUCAGACGUGAUGUUGAAAUGCCCUCUCUGCCAGAAAUAGAAUUACCUGAAAUUCAAAGAAUAUACAGGCCAUUACACUUUUCUGGUAUCGAUGAUGACAUAGAAUUGUCGCAGCGAAAAAAAGCUAAUGUUUCUGAAAAAGAGCUGGAAGUCAGUCUAGUUUCAAGGAAAUCACGGACCCAGGUCUUCUCAGGCAAAAGGUCUUGCUACAGUGGAGUUGUGCCUUCCCUGUAUCAACAAUGUAUGAAGGUUCUGAUUGAAAAUAUAGAUGCACUAGAAGAUACAGGUGGUGUGCCGUAUGAGAUUCUUGAACCACUGCUGGCCAAAGCAUCGCCAGCACAGUUGAUACGUCUAGAAGAAUUCAACCCAUAUUUUACUGAGGACUCUGGCGAGCUAUGGAAAAAACAUUGUUUGCGAGAGUUUAGGGGAAGCCAGCCAGAAGACAUGGAAUCUUGGAGGGAGCUGUAUUUACGUAAGUGCACUGAAAGAGUUGAGAAAUUGAAGAGUAUCCAGGAGAAGAUUUCACAAUCUCAAGCUCAGAAGGAACCAGCCAGGCAAGCUAAGCUUGCAUAUGUAGCAGGACCUCCUAAACCAUCUGUCCAAAUUCGGAGAAAACAACUGGCCCAUGGUACUGGUGGUGCAGUAUCCGAGAAAAAUGACAAGGCAGCAAAUCUGAAAAGAGAGUUGGAAGAUCGGCGCAAGCUUGAAGCUGAGCACACUAUUCCAUUUGCAAAAAUCCCAAGACGUGAUAGAUGCUCAAAAGAAUCAACAAAUAAUCUGCGGACCAAUGUUUUUACAAAAAAACCAGCUUCGAGACCAAUGAUGAAGGCAGCUCUUAAGAUGAUGAAAAACCAAAGGAGUAGAUCCUCGAAACAAAUAAUAAGGAAAUGAUGCUUUCCAAGAAGAAAUUGAAAAGAUUCACGUUUAUGCAGUAGAACAGUGUCAGGAGCACACAUUGAAGCUGAAACAUCUUUGCAAGAAGUCACCAAUCGUUUUGGUUACAGUUGGCCAUCAAGGGUUCUGAGUUUGUAAAACAGUUGGCCAUUAAAAUGAGUUUUUAUUUAUAUAUUUUGGCAGUUGUAUUAUGAUUUACGUUUAUAUACGCAGUUGGUGAGGUUCGGCCUUUAUUCCUUUUGCUGAGAUCGAGGAAACAGUGCACAAUCCGAAAACGUCCACUUGUCAAAGUGCGAUUGGAUUUGUAACUUAUCUAAUUGACACAUGAUCUGCAUGAUCUUCAGGCUCGUUAUUUGCUCGUUAUUACUGUGAAAAUGGCGUCAUAAAAUGUCCAUUGUAAACGGUAGAGUAUUUUCAAAAACCGAAAGAGCUCAGUAUAGGUGAUUAUCCUUUUUCGCCGAGAUCAAAGUGAUUACCUGAUUUCACUUGUUAUUGUGACUUCGUAAUGACAAUAUACUUUUGUCAAAACGUUCUUAACUGUAGACAUAAUCAAUCACGAUUAAUGCGAUUAAACAUGAUUAAGUGAUAAGCAGAGCAAACUUAUGCUUACGAUCAGUCAUGAUUAGUCAUUUUAAGCGGAAAGGCCACAGAUUUCAAAUGUUCCGUAAUAAGGUACAUUGUGUUGUGGUUUAGAUGAGCCUCAUUUUAACUUAAUUUCCAAGCUUACCUCUAUAUUCACUAGUAAAACAUUGUUAGACAAUGAAAAGGUAACAUAAUGGAAGCAACCUUAGCCAAGUUUAUAGUUCUCUGUUUUCUUGUCCUGUGUCCCAAAUUUCUCGAAAUCAGCGACGAAUGAAAGUUUGCUUUCAGUCUCUUAAAAGUGUGCUUCUUAGUAAGACCUUUUAUCAAUUGAGAUUAUUAUUUUGUCUUAUUAUAUUAAUAUUAAAUUAUUUAAUUGUCACAUUGAAUUGUAAGGUACAAGUUUCAUUGAACUGUAACUUAUUAAUAUUAAUUGAGUAUUUACUAAUAAGCCAUACUUUUACAA